AUGUCCCAUUUCUUGUACAAUCAAAGAUUAUGGGAAACCAAGAAGCCGAUGACAGAUGCCUAUAAUUAUAUUAUAAGUAUCGAGAUUCGAGUCCGAGGAGUAUCACAACAGGUAGAUCAUUACCUUGAUGAUCGACGUAACUCGCCAGCUUCUACUGCCAGUCGUGCUACACGGAGCCAAGCUGAUGAAGAAUCUUUCUUCACCAUGGAUGAAUAUCCUUACAGUUCACGGCCGCAAACGCCUGAUCCGUCGUUAAGGCAAUCAAUGGACAGAACUAACGAUCGAUGUAGAUUCGAGACCUCUCGACCUGUAUCAACGAUUGGGAGCCCGCCCACGUCUGAGUACAAUCCUAGACCAUUACAGCAAGCGGGGAGAGGUGGUCCACCACCUCCUUUAAUGCCAUCGUUCAGCAGCGAUGAUUGGAUUAACAGGCGUAAACCUCCACCAAGGGGAGCUUCAGUGGGGUUCAGCCCAAAUUGGCCAAUGAAUGCGUUACCACAUAUAAAGAUCACGCCAUUCAAUGGUGAUCCAAAGGAAUGGCCAACCUUUAUCUCUUCGUUUAGGGACAUGAUCCAUAAUGUGGUACCAUCGGACGCUCAACGCCAUGCUUUCUUAAAGCAGUUGCUCACUACAGAAGUUCGUUCCUACAUAGCCGAAUACUUGGACAAUCCGUCCACUUAUUAUGAUGCCUUAGUAAAACUGAAAAAGCGAUAUGGUCAACCACAAGUGGUUGCUCGGAGCCAUUUGAUGGCUCUUAUGAAUCUUCCAUCGAUCCGAGAUGAUGAUUCAGAGGCACUAGCCAAGCUCAAUCGAAUUCUUCAUGGAGCCAUGCAUGCCCUGAGGACCGGCGGAUAUGAGCAAGACUUGGAAUCGGGAAUGACUCUGAAACACGUCGUCUCCCGUUUACCUCCACGAAUGAGAAGUAGCUGGGGUGUGAAAGUGUACCGGAUGACUCCAACACGAGCUACUCUCAAGGAUCUAGCAAAGUGGAUAGACGAGAUGGUGAUGGGUGAAUUGAUGACCAGGCCGUCUACUCAUAGAUCACCAGCUCCACAGAAGGAAAAGAAAGCGGGAAGUGCUAAGCCUUCCACCAAACCAACUCCUCUCUUUGGUAAAGGUCCUGUUGUUUUUCACACCUCCACAACUCCACCAGUCAAGAAACCGCAGCAAAGUCCUCCCUCUGAGAGUAAUUCGUCAUCGCUGAAGAAAGGCGUUAUUAAGAAGUGCAUUUAUUGUGAUAAUGCCCAUUCGAUAAAAACCUGUUCCACAUUCAAAGAUCUAGACGUUGCAACUAGAGUGGAGUGGGUAAAAGAGAAACGAUUAUGUUUCAGGUGUCUGAUUGGAACACAUCGGGGAACUGAGUGUCCCACCGAAAUCGUCUGCAACAUUGGGAACUGUGGUCAACGACACCACCCUCUAUUGCACGGAGCACUUCGAGUUUAUCCCGCGAAUGCUUCAACCACUAAAAAUGCAGGCCAGCUAUCAGCAAAAUCGUCUGAUGGUCGUGCAAUGACCAUUAAAAACAGGGAUACGGCUAUCAACACUUCCCUAGCUAUCGUUCCUGUGUUACUUCAAGCUAACGGGGUGGAAAUAGAAACUUUCGCUUUUCUAGAUCCAGGAGCAACCGUUAACUUAAUUCGAGAGGAUGUAGCUAAAAAGCUCAAAUGCAAAGGGAAUGCAAGGAAUGUAUCCUUUGGCUUGUUUCACGGCCAAGACCCACAGUUUCAAUCAACUACGGUUAGUUUGACUGUUAAGGCUCGUGAUAGAUCUUUCGAAUCGGUUUUUAAGCAGGUUUCUACUGUGCCGACUCAGUACCUAAAGUUACCAUGCCCACCGAAGGAGUUAAUGGAGAUCCGAAAUCGUUACCCUCAUCUCAAAGACGUAAAAUUGGUUGAUGUUGGAGAACCAACCAUCCUUAUUGGAGCGGGAAACCAAUGGCUGCACUUACGUCUCGAUGAAAGACUACCUCCUGUUGGAACCGACGCUCUCUUUGGUUUAUUGACGCCAUUUGGUUGGACUUGCGUUGGCGAUCUAACAUUAGGGACGCAGCAGCAUGAUUCAACGGUUUGUCGUUCAAACAAACCACUGAUGACGGUGCAAAAACUCUGCUACCUUGUACAAGAAUCACCGAAGGAAGCACUACUUUUACGUCAAGUCGAGAAAUUGUGGGAAACGGAAAGCUUUCCAAUUGUAACUCCGGCUCAACCGCUAGAAUCAACCGAGGAUAAACUAGCGAGGAAGAAACUCGAUGCAACUAUUCAAUUCGACGGAGCCAGGUAUGAAGUAGGUCUACCAUGGGUUUCAGAUGCUAUCGCAUUACCCGACAAUUACAAUAGUGCAUUGCGUCGACUUUUCUCUAUCGAAAACAAAUUCGUUCACAAUUCUAAUUUUGCUGAGAGAUACAAAGCCGUAAUCGAUGACUAUGUGGCAAAGGGAUUCGUGCGGCCUCUCAAGGAAAGUGAAUUGAAGGGCACCUUUGGGAGAAAUUGGUACCUUCCCCAUCAUGGAGUCGUAAAUCCUCGAAAACCCGAAAAGGUUAGGGUGGUCUUCGACGCUUCGGCCAAGUACCAAGGAAUUGCACUUAACGAAGUUCUGGUAAAGGGUCCCAACCUUAUCAACGAUAUAGGUGCUACCCUUCUACUCCUUAGAGAAAAGCCGGUGUCCCUAUCUGGGGAUAUUCAGUUAAUGUUUCUUCAAGUUGGCGUGAAGAAAGAAGACCGUUCCGCUCUACGAUUCCUGUGGCGUACACCUGGUUCUCGAAAAAGACCCACCGUAUAUGAAAUGCAGCGGCAAAUCUUUGGAUCGGUUUCAUCCCCUUUUAUCUGCUCCCAAGUGCUUCGACAUAUUGCUGACCUACAUCGUGAAGAAUUUCCUGAAGCCGCUGAACGAGUCUAA